AUGCAUUCCUCUCUUCUUCCCAUGCUGGCAGCGAUGCUGCUGAGCCCAGUUAGCGCAGCCGGAGUCAGCGGUACAGCCUUUGGAUUUGCUCAAGGAACGACCGGCGGAGGAAGCGCAACGCCACAGACCCCUUCAAGUCUCGACGAGUUGAAGACUUGGAUCACAGACGAUGUGGAGCGGGUGAUCCUCGUUGACCGCGAGUGGGAUUUCACCAGCACCGAAGGCCAGACUUCUGGCCAAUGUUGCAGCUCUGAUACCACCACGAAGUGCCCUGGUGGCACCUCCGCCGGUCAGGCAUGGAUUCAGGACAAGUGUGAUGACGGUACCUGGGUCUCUUGCACCUACGACAACGCUGCGAAGACCCCGCUGGACGUGGGCAGCAAUAAGAGUAUUGUCGGUGUUGGUAACAAGGGAGUUCUCAAAGGCAAGGGCUUGCGUCUUACUGGUGGCGCCAAUAACGUCAUCAUCCAGAACAUCCAUAUCACGGAUUUGAACCCACAGUACGUCUGGGGCGGUGACGCUCUCACCCUGGAUGGCACUGAUAACGUUUGGAUUGACCACAACAAGUUCUCCCUUAUUGGUCGCCAGAUGAUUGUCAGCGGCUGGAACAAGGGUGGCCAUGUCACCAUCUCCAACAACGAGUUCGACGGUGUCACCGAAUGGUCGGCUGGCUGCAAUGGCAAGCACUACUGGUCUCUCCUGCUCCUGGGUCUGGAGGAUUGGUAUACCUUCUCUGGAAACUGGCUUCACGAUCUCUCUGGCCGUGCCCCUCACAUGGGCACUGACUACGACGACUCUAAGAUCUAUUUCCAUGGCGUCAACAACUACUUCCAAGAUAUUGACGGACAUGCCUUCGACGUGGACACCAACACUUGGGUGCUCCUGGAGGGUAACUACUUCGACAACGUGAAGACCCCCAUGACCGAUACUUCCCUCAACAGUGGUGCUCAGCUGUACACCACCAGCACCGUCGACUCCGCCAGCGGUUGCAUCUCACCUCUCGGCUACAUCUGCGAAUGGAACCGGUCGGGCGGCAGCACUGGCACCUGGCCUGACCGCACCGACGCCUCGGUCUUGACCGGAUUCUCCAGCCUCAAGGAGCAUCUCAUCGGCCACACCGGUGUCGCUGAUGUCCCUACCAAUGUCAAGGCCAACGCUGGCGUUGGCAAGCUGUGA